AGCAGUACCAUCAAACACUGCACUUGCGUUUCAUUUUUCUUUUUCUUUCAUUUAUUAUUCCUUUCAAUUAUUUCUUCUUCUUCUCUCUCUAUAACCCUUCAUUGUUAUUAGCUUCUCUCUCUGCUGCCGUUUCCAUCUAUUCUCCCAUAUCGUUUCUAGAGGCCUCUUGCUUUUCAGAUCCCUCAUGAUCGCUUCUUAUAUCUCUGACUCUAUCUCCUCUCCUAAAAAAAUUUCUGAUUUUUCAGGAUCUGCAGGCUCUUUUGUGUUCUUCAGGAGGUAUCUACCAGUUUUGCUUAUUAAGGUGAACUAUCACUGUGUUGUAACAUUCUUGGGACGCUAUAUAUUUUAUGUUAAAUUAGAAAAUGUUGGGAGGCAACAGUGGUAAUCCCCUACUUCCUGUUUUUGUGGAUGAGAAUCGUAUACCCUAUCAGUCUAAUGCUUCAAAUCCACUGCAGUUAUUCAGUAAUUUCCCAGCUGGAUGUACUGUUGAUCCGGUGAAUUACUUUGGGAAUGAGCAUGUGACACCUAUGCUUCGGCCCAAUAAGAGAGUGAGGGAAACAGAAGAGUUCAGCAGACAGCAAAAAUUACAGAUUGCCUUAAAUUAUAAUGUACGUCAGGAUGAUGCUGACUUUUCAGCUGGCAUUCCAAAUCCUAACCCCGUAUCAACUGGGUUACGAUUAUCAUAUGAUGAUGAUGAACGGAACUCAUCCGUAACUUCUCCAAGUGGAAGUAUGACAGCAGCACCAUCAAUCAUCCUGUCCCUUGGUGACAAUUUUAGGACUGAGCUUGAUCAGCAGAAAGAAGAACUUGAUCAGUAUAUUAAGAUUCAGGAACAACAUCUGGCCAAGGGGUUGAGGGACAUGAAGCAAAGACAUGUUUCUUCUUUCCUUGCUGCCAUUGAGAAGGGUGUAAGCAAGAAGCUGCAGGAGAAAGACCUAGAGAUAGACAACAUGAAUCGUAAAAACAAGGAGUUGAUUGAGAGGAUAAAGCAGGUGGCCAUGGAAGCCCAGAAUUGGCACUACAGAGCAAAAUACAAUGAGUCAGUCGUGAAUGUUCUGAAGAGCAACCUCCAGCAGGCAAUUUCACAGGGCCCUGACCAAGGGAAGGAAGGAUUUGGAGACAGUGAGGUUGAUGAUGCUGCCUCUUACAUUGACCCUAACAACUACCUGAAGGUUCCAGGUGGGCACGCAAGGCCUGUCGCCAGGAAUUACCAGGGCUUGAAGGAACAUGUAACCUGCAGGGCAUGCAAAUCAAAGGAGGUGUGUAUGUUGUUAAUGCCUUGCAGGCAUUUAUGUUUAUGUAAAGACUGUGAUAUGCUAAUCAAUGUUUGUCCUGUUUGCCAGUUGAUCAAAACAUCUAGUGUUCAAGUGUAUCUGUCGUAAAUUAUGAAGCAAAUCACUCAAAAUUACUAUAAUCUGUGUGCUAUGACAUAUAUGUUAACAGUUUCCUUCCCUGACAUACAUGUUGUAUGUGGAGUAAUUAUAUUUCAUAAAAUGAAGUUUGGGUGAUUA